AUGACAUCCAUGCAAGACAGAAUGAAAGUCAAACGUACGAACUCAACCUGCGACACAUGGUCAACCCGAGAACAAUUGUGUCUCGCGUCAAGCGUGCUGAAGUCUGGAGAUCAGAAUUGGAUGAGUGUGUCCAGGUCGUUGAAGCCAUUUGUUGAAAAGGAACCGGUAAGGCCUGCAGACUGGUUCUCUCAAAAGUCAUGCGCCAUGCAAUACGCUUGUCUACUGGAGAAUGCCGACACGCCGAAGAGGAAGAAGCGGGAGAGCGGGGAGACCACCAGCGAGUCCAUAGUCAGAAAAUUGACGCAGGAGAGAAUAGGCGAGCUGAGCCAAAAUCUGACCCGUCAGAAAGAAGAGUAUUUGCGACUCAAGGCGGAUAUAAACCACCUCAAGUCCGGCGCGAUAAGCGACGAGAAGCUGGAGAAGAUGUGGCUCGAUAUACAACAGGAGGAACGUGAGUCGGAGCAGAAGGCACGAACCCACAUAGCGUGGCUGGCAAAACGUCAACAGCAACAGAAGCAAGAGAUGAGCUCACCGUCCGUCUCGACUUCGAUCGUGAAUCGCAAACACACGGAAGGUGUGACGGAGGUGGCGCAGGAAUCUGGGGCGACGGAAUUGCCGGCGGAGAAUGACGAGGAGAAGAAAAGUAACAGGGGCGGCAGGUCUCCGUUGCUGACGAGUCUCCUGAAAUCUCCCAGUCCGACCACUCAGACCGUGCAGUCCUUUCCGUCCACUCCCGUUCAAGUGAGCUCGCCAACCAUCACCAGCCUACUUGGGUCCAGCCCUAAGAUGUUAAACGCGCAACUGGCGCAGAACGUGUCGCCGCAAUUGCAGCAGUUGGUGUCGACGGCGAUAGCCAGCGCGAACGCGGCACCGGAACGGCCAUCCGUCGGCGCUCCCACGCUUUCCAUGCUGCUGGAAAUGCCGGCGAGCACGCAAAGAGGACCUCUACCGAAUUUGCAAACGACAUCGUCCAACGCGAUCGUGUCCCACGCGCAGCAACAACAGACAACCGCAACCGUGGCCGCCACUACCCCUGAGGUGCGCAAUUUCCAGCAAGCCGUGCAAUCGCAGGACCAGGUUCAGCAAGUGGCUGUUCAGAACGAAGCGGCGACAGCGACGACGAUAUCGGCGACAGCUCCGGCGACUGCCGUUUCGGCAAAUAUACCCGUGUCGGAGAACAUGGUGCAGAUAAUUGACCACAUAGACGUGAUGCGGAAAGACAUAAUGGCGGACGUGAUAGAUAAGGACGAGAUAAACGACAUCAUCGACGACAUCGAAGAAUUGAUCAAGGAGGAGAUAACCGGCAGCCCGCAGACGUUGGACACAAGUGGCUCGACAACGACGACGACGACGACAACGGCAGUCAUCGGCGGUCUUACGAGUGUACCCCAACAAGCGACGGAAAUGCCGACAGCGGCAACGGGACCAAGGCCGCAGCCGAGGGAUGUGGACGAACCCGUGUCGUUAUCCGAUUCGCCACAGAGCGAGAUGGCGAUUGAGGAGAUCGAUUCCAGUACCUCGAAUAUUGCCGAGAUUAUUGGGACCGUCGCCAUAGAUCCACAGGAACCAAAAAUUAUCGUCGCGGAGAUCACGGAGACGGUAUCAAACACAUCGGAGACGAAGUCCGAGACGAGUAUUUGUGAUAAGAGGGCGACUUUGACAGAAAAACUCGUUUCGGAGGUAAAAAUCAAUGACGAAGAGACAAGUAAGGAUGCUCCAACGGAGGAGAAACAACAGGACGUUGAAGCAAAAUCCGUGGACGCCUCGUCGAACGUAGAGCCUGGGGAGAAUAAUUCUAAACUUCCGGACGAAACGAAGGAAACGAUAGACGAGACCAUGGACGAGGAGGUAGAAGAGGAAGAUGAAGAGGAAGAAGAAGAAACGGAAGUGACUGCGCCUGAUGGCAAAGAGUCGCCCGGUAGCGUUAAAGAGCAGAAGGAGCCUCUAGAAGACACUGAAGGUAAAACUAAUGUGGGAUUAGAUCAAUUAGAAAUAUAUCUGGCGAAAAUUACAGGGGAUCAGCAGGACGUGCCGUCCGCGGAGAUUGUCAGCGUCUCUUCGGAGGUGACGAACGACCUACCCAGUGGUACUGAAGACACGGAAAAGUCACAGGAUAUCAGCUUGAUCCUGGAGGACGAGGAGAGCAGCCAAAGUAUGGGGAGUAAGAAGAAAGCAGUGGCGGAAGAGCAGGUUAUCGAGAACACGGCUGAAAGCACUGAGUCCUUGGAAUCGUUCAAGGAGGAAUUGGUCCUGGUGAAAGAGAAGAUUGUCGUGGAGAUAAAAGAGGAGCCCUCGGUAAAGUCACAGGCAGAAGGAGCGAACGAGGAAACAUUGGAGAUAUACACUGACGAGUUUAAGAAGGAGGAGGUCAAGGACUCUUCGGAAGAUACUACGAGUUCCAUCUUGCAGGAUGCAGAGGUCAAAGAGGAGGAGGUCGGCAGUGAAUCGGUCGAUAGAAACGAGGAUACUAAGCAUGUGGUAACCGUAGAGGAGACGAAAAGUGUCAAGACUGAGCUAGUCGAGGCGACGACAACCGACGCGGAAAUGAGUAUCAAGCAAACGGAGAGUGCGGAAGUCAAGUCCGAAGAACCAAAGACUGAAACGGCACCGGAAGUUACUGGUUCGUUCCACAGGAAGAGCCCGCUUCACGGUCUAUCAGAGGACAAGAAAGAGACUGUGGAGGUGAAGGAGGAGAAAGGGGAGAAAACGGAUGUCAAGAAGAACGCGGAGGGCGAGCAGAACAUAAAGAAGGAGAUGGAAUCCACGGUCGUGGAGGAGCCUGAAUUGGACGAAGAGGAGUCCCCGUUGAGCAAACUGAACAGCGGCCGGGCGAUGAAGACGUAUUCCAAGAAGCAGAACGUCGCCGUAGACAGCGAGCCGGAAAACGAAAGCACCGGAGAAGGCGCGGAUUACCGUGCUUGGAAGAAAGCGGUCAUGCUCGUCUACAAUCGUCUGGCCACGCACAAGUACGCGUCGGUGUUUCUCAGGCCGAUCACGGAGGACCAGGCGCCUGGAUAUCACUCGGUGAUCUUUCGACCGAUGGAUCUGUCGACCAUCAAAAAGAACAUCGACAACGGCACGAUUAGGUCGACCAUGCACUUUCAGAGGGACGUCAUGGUUAUGUUUCAGAACGCGAUUAUGUACAACAAACACGAUACGUUUAUCUAUAAAAUGGCAGUCUCGAUGCAAGAGGAGUGCUUGCAACAUAUGCAGAUAUUGGUGCAAGCAACGGGAGAAGGAACGUUUCGGAGAGAGACCAGGACUGCUGCAAGCAGUAGCAGCGAGGCAAUCGAGAGCAGCCUUAAACGGAAACGAAGUCACAUCACUCCGAGUCCCCACGAUACCGACAGUCCACGUUCGAAAAAACGCAGAAAAUCCGAGAACGAUUAGAUCAUGUUAACAAGUUGUACAGUUGUAAAGAUACGCUCGUGCGUGAAAGCAAUUGAGAGCGAAAGAGUGAAAUGUGGCAGAGAUAUUUUUCAGACAUUGAUUAAGCGGUACCCAAAGCUUACGAGAAAAGUUUAUUUGUGAUAUAAUCAUUGUAUAAAAUUAAUUGAUCUCCCUCGUAUUUUGUAAGGUCAGUUACGAUACAACUAUGUGUGUGACAACUGAGAUAGUUGUAAAUAGUGAGCUGUAAAAUUUAAGCAUUACAAAGCGACACUUCUUUCAGUUCAAUUUUUCUGUUUUUGACUCUCUUUAUCUUUAAAUAUAAUAAGAAAUUAUAUUGAUAAAAAAAAAGAUAGAGGUAAGAGUAAAUCUGUUUCAAAGGUGUCGAUUGUACAGUUUUGUUUUCUGCAAACGUGUAUAAUAAACAAAAAUUCAACAAAG